UCUUCUUUUUCAGCCUACAAGGAGAAAAUGAAGGAGCUGUCUCUGCUCUCCCUCAUCUGCUCUUGUUUCCACACCCAGCCGCAUCCUAACACCAUCUACCAGUAUGGAGAUAUGGAGGUGAAGCAGCUGGAUAAGAGGGCGUCGGGCCAGAGCUUCGAAGUGAUCCUGAAGUCCCCUUCAGAUUUAUCUCCCGAGAGCCCAAUCCUUUCCUCCCCCCCCAAGAAGAAGGACCUGUCCCUGGAGGAGCUGCAGAGGAGGCUGGAGGCUGCAGAAGAGAGGAGGAAGACCCAGGAGGCGCAGGUGCUGAAGCAGCUGGCAGAGAAGCGGGAACACGAGCGGGAGGUGCUGCACAAGGCGCUGGAGGAGAACAACAACUUCAGCCGCCUGGCCGAGGAGAAGCUCAACUACAAGAUGGAGCUGAGCAGGGAGAUCCGCGAAGCACAUCUCGCCGCCUUGAGGGAGCGGCUCCGCGAGAAGGAACUGCACGCAGCUGAAGUUCGCAGGAACAAGGAACAGCGGGAGGAGAUCUCUGGAUAA